AUGUCGAAAGAUAUACCCCCACAACUGAGCGCCAGUCUGCGCAUCGUGGAGCUCGAAGACCAGGUUAAAGGUCUCAUGGAGACGGUGAUUCAACUUCACGAAAUGUACGGGCUUGAGGCAAUAAAUAUUCCCAAGCCCGACAAGUAUGUCAAAAAAGGGGGAUAUACAGUGACCGAGCUGCAGCAGCGAUAUGCGCGUCGACCGGCACCCUCGGCGACACCAGUGACGACGACAGCAACACAAGAAACUACAGUUCUGUCGGAACCGCCAAAGCCAAAGCCAAAACCAGGAACAGACAAGGAAUCGAAACCAUCGCCUUCGUGGCGUAGUGGUUAA